AUGAAGAUUGCAAAGUUUUCUGUUCUUCUCCUGGUUUUGUUUAUUUUCCCGGUUGCGUUCGCACAGUUGAAAGUCGGGUUUUAUAGCAAAUCAUGUCCUAAUGCAGAGACUAUCGUACAGAGCUUGGUAAGUCGACGGUUUGCUGAAGACCGUACACUUACAGCCGCCUUGACUAGGAUGCAUUUUCACGACUGUUUUGUUCAGGGUUGCGACGCUUCACUACUAAUAGACCCAACGACCAGUCAACCACGACCGGAAAAGACAGCCGGUCCAAAUGGCAGCGUGAGAGGGUUCGAGCUGAUCGAUGAGAUCAAGACGGCUCUCGAGGCUGAAUGUCCCUCCACAGUCUCGUGCUCCGACAUAGUCACGCUAGCCACACGUGACUCCGUGUUCUUAGGUGGAGGACCGAGCUAUGUGGUCCCCACCGGACGUCGUGAUGGCUUUGUCUCGAACUUUGCAGAUGCCGAAAGGAUCCUCCCCGGACCAGCCCUCCCCGUCCCAGCCAUGGUUACGUUCUUCGCAGAUAAAGGAAUGAACGUUUUCGAUGCAGUGGCUCUUUUGGGAGCACACACGGUUGGUCGGGGAUUUUGUGGUAAUUUUGUGGAUCGGCUUUCGGACCCCUCCAUGGACCCCGAAUUGGCUGGCAGGCUAAGGAACACAUGUUCGGCUGGAGGCAGCCAAUUUGCGGCACUGGACCAGUCAAUGCCCGAGGCGUCAACCUCAUUCGACAACUUGUUCUUCCUUCAGCUCAGGGCGAGGAGAGGAGUUUUGCUACUUGACCACCUACUCGCGACCGAUCCAGCCACUUCUGGUGUUGUGUUUCAGUAUGCGACCAGCAACGACUUGUUCAAACGCCAGUUCGCUAUCGCGAUGGUCAAGAUGGGAGCAGUUGAUGUGCUGACCGGUUCAGCUGGUGAGAUCAGGAAGAAUUGUAGAGCAUUCAACUAA